AUGUUUUACAUUCUGAUUGGAUACUUUAUUGCCCUAGUUUUCUUCCUAAUAGAUGAAACACUCACUUCUAGUCUGAUAAUACUGUUCCAAAUCUUGGUGAUAUGCUCUGCCAUCUACACUUAUUAUUACGGCGUAUUUGCUUUUAUCACUGCUUGCUCACUGACUAACAUGUAUUACUUUGUGGCAAAUAUGAAUAAGUAUAAUAUCACAAUGACCUCACUCUUUAUCAUAUUCUUUAUCUAUGCAUCAUACUAUUCCUACAUAUUGUAUGACUAAUUAAAAGAGUAAUACAAUGAACAGCAUUCUAUAGCUUACAAGGCAUAUUACCAAUAUAUCUAGAGAAAAGUUUUACAUGGAAAUGAGUAUAUUAAUGCUGACUUAGAGAGAAUGAAGUUACUAGGCCUAUUUAACCCCAGAGAAGAAAUAGAAAGAAAGCAAAAGGAAGAGGCUGAGGAGAGAGAAAGAUUGAGAUUGGCAAAUAUGACUGAAGAAGAAAAGCAAGCAAUAAUAGAUAAGGAGAACGAGAGAGUUCUUGAAAUAGAGAGAAGAAAUGCUCCUGCUCCGAGACCCAUUAGAGAAAAUCUCAUAGAGUAUAGUUCAGAUGAAUGA